UUUGGUGGUUAUUGUUGCAAUACAAUUUAUUUAUUGUAUUUCAUAAAGGAGGACAUGGCUGCCUUAUUUUGUAGAUCAUAUCUCUUCGUUCAGAUUCUCCUGCCUUUGUCUUUGUACCAUUUUUCGUCCGGUCAGACUGUGUAUUCCGUGACAGAGGAAGUGCACAAGGGAACCGUGGUUGGAAAUAUGGCGAAGGAUCUUAACUUCAAUGUUCGAGAAAUGGAGUCACGUAUGUUUCAGAUAGUGUCCGGAUCAAACAAGAAGUAUUUUGAUGUAAACCUAAAGACUGGUGAGUUAUUUGUAAAUGAGAGAAUCGAUCGAGAGGAUCUUUGUUUCGGAAGCCAAACGUGUUUUUUACAUCUUGAGGCAAUUGCGCAAAAUCCAUUAAGACUUUUCAGUCUCAGUGUCAAUAUACUAGAUGUAAAUGACAACGCCCCGUUAUUCCCUUAUAAAACAUAUGAUAUAAACAUUACCGAACACGCAUUUCCCGGUGACAGAUAUCCUUUACCCCGGGCAAGUGAUGCAGACAUAGGCAUUAACUCAGUUAAAAGCUACAAGCUUAGCCCAAACGAACAUUUUUCGCUUAACAUCCAGAGCGGGGGAGAGCAGAGUAUCUCACCACAAUUAGUUUUGCAGAAAGCCUUGGACAGAGAGAAGCAGCCAGUGAUUAAACUUGUGCUCACUGCUGUUGACGGAGGAAAGCUUCCCAGGUAUGGGACGCUUGAUGUGAUUAUCGAUGUAAUUGAUGUAAAUGACAAUACGCCGUCAUUCAGUAAAGAAAUGUACAAAGUUAGUGUCCCAGAAAACACGGCAAUUGGAACACCGGUUAUUAAAUUGAACGCUAGUGACAUGGACGCGGGAGUGAAUGGAGAGAUCGUUUACUCUUUGAUAAGUCAUGGGAAAGAAAAGGCAUCCGACAUUUUUCUCGUAGAUCCAGUCACUGGUGAAAUCACGGUGAAAGGACAGUUGGAUAGAGAGGACAGCGCAGCGUUUGAGCUUCACGCCCAGGCCCAGGAUAAGGGCGCUUCCCCUCGGUCAUCUCAUUGCAAAGUUUUAAUCGAAGUGCUCGACGUAAAUGACAACGCUCCAGUCAUAUCUAUUACGUCUCUGACAGGCACAGUGAGAGAAAACUCGAAUUCCGGUACUGCAGUUGGGUUAAUAGCAAUUGCGGAUAACGAUAUAGGUAAAAACGGAGAGAUCAGUGCUCGGGUUACAGAAUCUAGUCCGUUUAUACUUCAGCCGUCUUACAAAAACUAUUACUCAUUAGUGGUGGAUGGACCUCUGGACAGAGAGAGAGUGUCCCAGUAUAACAUCACUAUAACGGCUACCGACAAAGGCAUGCCGGCGCUGUCCAGCAACAUGGGUCUUACUAUUCAUAUUGUUGAUGUGAAUGACAAUGCUCCACGUUUUUCAAACACCAUUAUGGAUUUUUAUGUGAAGGAAAACAGUCCGGCUGGGGACAUCAUAGCAACAGCGACUGCGGAAGACCCAGAUAUCAAUGAAAAUUCUCAAAUCAUAUAUUCUUUGAUUCCCGGGAAUGGUAUGGAAAGUUCACUAACUUCUAUGGUUAACAUUAACCCCGCAAGUGGUGAAAUAUACAGUAAACAGUCAUUUAAUUAUGAGGAGGUCAAAUCAUUCCAGUUUCAAAUUCAGGCCACUGACUCUGGUGUUCCACCUCUCAAAAGUAACUCGACUGUUAAUGUGUUUAUCCUGGAUGAGAAUGAUAACAGUCCAGUUAUUCUACCACCAUAUUCUGAACCCGGAUCUGUUAACACUGAGAACAUUCCCUACUCUGCUGAAGUGGGUUACUUUGUGGCUAAAAUCAGAGCUGUAGAUGCCGAUUCUGGUUAUAACGCAUUGCUGUCUUACCAUAUAACUGAACCUAAGGGAACUAAUCUCUUCCGCAUUGGAACCAGCACUGGAGAAAUAAGGACUAAAAGACGAAUGAGUGACAAUGACUUAAAGACUCAUCCGCUUGUUAUCACUGUCUCGGAUAAUGGAGAAUCACCACUAUCAGCGACUGUAUCUGUUGAAAUUUUGGUUCUUGAAAAUAUUGAUGAACUGCAAACAUCCAUAAGGCACGUUCCAAUUAGGGAGGAAGGUUUUACUGAUCUGAAUCUGUAUCUGCUCAUCGCAAUUGUCUCAGUAUCAGUGAUAUUUUUGCUGAGCCUCAUUGGUUUAAUAGCAGCUAAAUGCUACAGGACUGAUGGCAGUUUCAGCGGGUACAGCGCUCCAGUGGUCACUACACACCCUGACGGGAGCUGGUCUUACUCUAAAUCCACUCAGCAGUAUGACGUGUGUUUUAGCUCAGACACACUGAAGAGUGACGUAGUGGUUUUCCCAUCGCCGUUUCCGCCUGCAGACACAGAACUGAUCAGUAUUAACGAAGGAGACACUUUUACUCGGACACAAACUCUUCCUAGUACUGGGAAGGUAAGAACCACGUUUGUUGUACCUUAA